AAGCGUCUCCUCACUUCUCUCUGCUCCCUCCGACCAGCUGACUCCUCCAUCAUCAUCACCACCAUGACCACACUCAUGUUCUCCUCUGGCAGCAGCCCACUGGUCCGAACGUCACUCGGCGGCAUGAGCUCCUUCAGCAUGAUGGGCGGAGCAGGAGGCUACGGUGCCAGGGUCUCCAGGGCCAGCAAGAGCUUCUCCGCCUACGGUGGUGGAGCAGGAGCAGGAUUCGGUGGAGGUUCAGUUUUUGGUGGAGGUUCAGGAUUCGGUGGUGGAGCAGGAGGAGCGGCGGUCAAUGAGAGCGUCAUCGGCAACGAGAAGUUCACCAUGCAGAACCUGAACGACCGCCUGGCCUCCUACCUGGCCAAGGUGGCGGCGCUGGAGAAGGCCAACGGAGAGCUGGAGCUGAAGAUCAGGGAGUUUGUGGAGAGCAAGGUCGGCCCCACCACCCGGGACUACAGAGCCUUCUUCAGCACCAUCGCUGAGCUGCAGGGCAAGAUCCAAGAAGCCGUCCUCACCCUAGGAAGCGUGACGCUGAGUGUGGACAACGCCCAGUUGGCUGUGGACGACUUCAGGCUCAAGUUUGAGAACGAGCUGUCGAUGCGUCAGUCGGUCGAGGCCGACAUCUCCGGAUUGAAGGUUAUGCUCGGGGAGCUGGGCGUCGCCAAGAGCGACCUCAGUAUGCAGAUCGACUGUCUGAGGGAGGAGCUGACGUCGAUGAAGACCAACCACGGGGAGGACCUGGGGGCGAUGCGGAGCCAGAUGAGCGGUCAGGUGACGGUGGAGGUGGACGCCGCUCCGCAGGACGACCUCACCAGGGUGAUGGAGGACAUCAGGGAACACUACGAGGGCGUCGCCGCCAAGAGCCGCAAAGACCUGGAGGCCUGGUUCAAGACCAAGUCGGAGACCCUCACCAAGGAGCUGGAGUCUCAGGAGGUGACGUUGAAGUCGUCCACGUCGGAGGUGAAGGAGGUGAAGUCUCAUCUUCAGGGUCUGGAGAUCGAGCUGCAGUCUCAACUCAGCAUGAAGGCGUCUCUUGAAGCCACACUUUCUGAAAUCCAGAGCCGCUACGGGAUGCAGAUGAACGGAUUCCAGAUGCAGGUGACGAUGCUGGAGGAGCAGCUGGUGUCGCUGAACGCCGACAUAGAGCGACAGUCCCAAGAAUAUCAGAGGCUUCUGGACAUCAAGACCAGACUGGAGAUGGAGAUCGCCGAGUACAGGAGGCUGCUGGACGGAGAGGCGGCCGGCAGCGCCAGCAGCAGCUCCUCCUCCUCCACGAACAAGACGAUCAAGAUGGUGGUGGUGACGGAGGAGAUGGUUGAUGGGAAGGUGGUGUCCACCUCGUCUUCAUCGUCCCUCCAGACCAGCUGAGCUGCAUCCUCAUCGUCAUUGACGUGACAUGGACCAAUACAAACACACUGUGAAGCUCCGCCCCCUGCUCACAAUGAUGUUUAGGGAAGGCAUCAGAUUUACAUGAAAAUUAAAAAAAAAUCUGAAUCCUGA